UCGAGCACCUUCUAUCUGAGCUGAGUUUACACUUGAAGUUAAGAAACAAGUGCAUGCAUUUCAGUGUCCAGCUGGUGUGACAGACAGCCAGGAUGAGGAUGGAGGAGGAAGAGGGAGCCAUUGCAGUGGUUGGCAUUGGAUGCAGCUUCCCUGGAGGUGAGGGGCUUGACAAUUUCUGGAAGGUUCUUCUGGAAGGAAAGAACUGUGCAUUGCCAAUCCCUAACGAGAGGUUUAACAGUACUUACUGGUAUGAUGCUGACAACAGCAAACCUGGAAAGUCUCACACUAGCAAAGCUGCUCUCAUAGACGGCUUUAACGAACUAGACCUGAGGUUUUUUGGUGUCACCGAUGCUGAGGCCGACUACAUGGACCCCCAGCAGAAACUCUUGCUGCAUUGCACCUAUAGGGCACUAGAGAAUGCUGGGAUGCCAAUGGAGAAAGCUAGCGGAACUAGAACUGGAGUAUACCUAGGACUAAUGAACAGAGACUACGAUCUCACAACUGCUCAGUACAAUCCAGGCUUGACUAACCAUUGGAGUGGCACUGGUAAAGCCAUGAGUAUUGCAGCCAACCGGAUAUCCUACACCUUCAACCUCACUGGUCCAUCAGUUGCCAUAGACAGCGCCUGCUCAUCAUCUCUUGUGGCUCUGCACUUUGCUUGUCAAGCCAUAAAACAAGGUGACUGUGAAAUGGCUCUCUGUGGCGGUGUCAGCUGUAUCAUAGAGCCACAAGUCUUUGUCGCUCUCAGCAAGGCAAAGAUGAUUUCCCCUGAAGGCACCAGCAAACCUUUCUCCAGCAGAGCAGAUGGCUAUGGCAGAGGAGAGGGCUGUGGGAUUAUUCUGCUGAAGCCACUGAAACAAGCCUUGAAAGACUGUGACCAUGUAUGGGGCAUCAUAAGCAAAACUGCAGUAAACCAAGAUGGCCACACUGUCUCUCCAAUCACCAAGCCAUCCAUGGUCCAGCAAGAGGAGCUUCUCCGCAGAAUCUAUUCACAGUCUGACCUGUCAACUGUCCAGUACAUAGAGGCUCAUGGGACUGGAACUCCAGUGGGGGAUCCCAUAGAAGCAGGCAGCAUCUCCAAAGUCAUUGCCAAAGCCAGACCCCCAGGUUCAGAAACACUCCGCAUCGGCUCUGUGAAAGGCAACAUUGGACACACAGAAUCUGCAGCUGGAGUGGCAGGUCUAAUCAAGGUACUCCUAAUGAUGAAGCAUGAAAUCAUUGUCCCUUCACUGUUCUACUCUGAGGACAGUGCCAGUAUAGACGCUAAAGCCUUAAACAUAAAAGUUCCCACUAAAGCAGAAAAGUGGGGAAAUGCAGGCUCGGUCGAACGGAUUGCAGGGAUCAAUAAUUUUGGUUUUGGAGGCACAAAUGCCCACACAAUUGUCAAACAGUACAACAACUCUCACACCCAAACAGCCGGGGUUGAUAGGUCUUAUGAGUAUUUUAUCCUCUCAGCAGCCUCAGAAAAAUCCCUUACCAUGAUGGUACAGGACACAGCUGAACAGAUAAGUGGAGACAAAACAGUGGAACUCCAGGGUCUGUCAUAUACAUCAGCCUGUAGAAGAAGCCACAUGAAACAUAAAUACAGGAAGGCAUUCACAACAUCCUCUCUUGUUGAUCUGAGAAACCAGCUGAAAUCUGCUUUGAACAAAAAGAUUGCCCCCUCCAAACUAGAUCCAAAGUUAGUGUAUGUUUUCUGUGGGAAUGGUGUGGCCUACCAAGGCAUGUGCAAGCAGCUCCUGAAACAGGAACCAGUGUUCAGAGAAAAGAUCAAGGAGGUUGAGGCGCUUUUUCAAAUGUACCAAAGAAUGUCCAUCACAGAGAGACUGGAAAGUGCAUCAGUUGAUGACGACUUUUCAAAACCAGAUGUUGUCCAGCCCCUCCUCUUUGCCAUUCAGGUUGGCAUUGCCAGUCUCUUCAAGCACUGGGGCAUCAAACCAGAUGCCAUUCUUGGCCACUCUGUUGGAGAGGUUGCUGCUGCCCACUGCUCUGGUCUGUUGUCCCUUGAGGAUGCAGUGAAGGUGAUUUAUUUCCGCAGUACUCUGCAGAAUAAAGUCACAGGAGGGAAAAUGCUUGUGGUCAGUAACAUGGCCGUGUCAGAGGUCUUGAAACUCCUUCCCUCCUACUUAAAUAAGGUUUGCCUGGCUGCCUCCAACAGCCCACAGUCCUGCACCCUUGCAGGUGAUGCUGAUGCUAUAGACAAUCUGUAUCAAAAGCUAAGCAGUUCAGUCAACAGUAAGAAUCUGUUCCUCCAUGUUCUGGAUGUCCCUGCUGCAUACCACAGCCAAAUGAUGGAUCCCAUCCUCUCUCAAAUAGAGGACAGUAUUGGCUCUUUACAGGUGAAUCAUGUUGAGACAGAAUUGUUCUCCACCGUGACAGGAAAGGCAGUAGAGCAGCCAGACUUUAGCACAGGCAAAUACUGGGCCAGGAACAUUCGAGAGCCUGUUUCAUUUGAACAGGCAGUGAGAUCAGCAACCAAAGACAAGAAGAAUGUGGUCUUUGUAGAGAUAGGCCCUAGAAGGGCUCUACAAAGGAACAUCCAGGAGACUCUGGGAAAUGAGACACAAGUGCUCACGUCAGUGCAGCAAAAUAAAGACCAUGAGACAAUGCUGGACACUGUAUCCAAACUGUUUGAGUUGGGGGUUCAGGUAGAUUGGGACAAGUUCUACAGAGGUUAUGAGACAUCCCCAACACCUACCCCAAGGUAUCAGUUCGAUUGUGUGAAGAAAGAUGUCAUCUUUGAGGCAGCACAGAAAGGUACAUCGGGCAGUCAUCCUGUGUUAACUCAGACAGGCAAUGAUGGAAAAACCUUCAGUUGUGAUCUGGCCUCAGCCUCAGUGGCUUACCUGCAGGACCAUAGAAACAAUGAUGUUGCCAUUGUCCCUGGUGCCCUCUACGCGGAGUUGGGUUUGGCUGCCUUCAUGGCCAGUUCCAAAUCAAAGGUGCCACUCAACAUGCUGCAACUCAGUGUCAGUUUUCAGAGUCCAUUUAUCAUUGCACCAAAUUCUCCUGAGAUGAGUGUCAAACUGGAUCACUUUGAAAACGAGACAACGUUUAAGAUACAAUCUCCUACAGCAACGUAUGCAUCAGGCAGCAUAUCAUGCAAGCAAGGGAGGUUGGCUGAGGAACAGUACAUCUCUCUAGACUCAGUUUACAAGCGAUGCACAUCAACUAUGAGUACUGAUUACUUUUAUGAUUACCUAAGUAAGAGAGGGUUUCAGUAUGGUUCUGUUUUCAGAAACAGGGGAGAUGUGCACUAUGGUGCAGACUUGAUGGAAGCCAUCUCUGUUGUAACUGUCCCUGAAGAACUACUGCCUCAGUUGCAUGAUUUCUGCAUUCACCCUGUAGUGCUAGACUACUUGCUACAACUGACUCCAAUCACAAUAGUGAAUGCAUUCAUGGCAAGGCCUGGCUUCCCUGCAGAAAUAGGCAGUUUGACUGUUCACGAACCCCUGCAGCCUGAAAUGGUUCUUUAUUUGAGAGCCGCAAAUGUUGCAGCAGACCAUUUCGAAGUAUCUGGCUGUUUCACCGACAAAGCAGGUCGGGUCUUGGUUGAACUGAAGCAUGUCAUAGUCAAGUAUCUUGGGAGCCAAUCUAAUGUUGUUGAAGAGUACUUCUUCCACAAUGACUUCAGUGUUGUCUCUGAUGACUACAAGCCCAUUAAUAAACCCAAGGCAUUGGUUUUCGCUGACCAGAUAGGUGUAUCUGAAGCCAUGCAAAAACAUUUGAGCUCACAGUCGCAAUACAUCUCUUUCACACAUGCCAAUGAUCUCUUGAGCCGUGGAUUCAAAGCGCUGUUGUCAAAAUUCAAAAUCUCAGACUUGAAAAGCUUUGCAGAAAUCUUGUUUGUGUGGAGCAAUGACAAUGUUACCUCUCAUGAAACAGAGGCUAUCCUGGAGAACAUGGUAAACUGCUGUGAGAUGUUCAGACAAAUAGUCUUGGAACUGAAGGCUAUGAAAUUUCCAAAUUCCAUCAGAGCAAUAACCUACCGGUCAGCAGAGAACACAGUGGACCGCAUCAGCGCAGGCUUUGCCCUCUCAGGCAUGACUAGAUCAUGCGCUGCAGAAAUGUCAGAUCUUUCCUUCCAGCUGAUUGACAUCAGCUCUGUCUCUACAGAGGACAUCAGAGCUCUGUCUCAGGUUCUUGACUCAUUCCCAUGCAGCCAAUACCCAGAAUUGGUGGUGAAAGAUGGACAGAUUCUAAAACCUUACAUAGUGCACACUCCCACUGAAAGCAGUGACAACUCACAGGAAAAUGUCCACUCUUUGAAGUCUGAGGAGUUCAUCCUUCAGACUGCUAACCCCUACAGAAUGACUAGCUUGUCUGCCAUUCCUUGUGAUGUUGAGCAUAAGCACAUUGAGGAGAAUUCAGUUGAGAUUCAGCUCAGUAAGAUUUGUGUUCAUUCUUCUGACUACUUUCCGGUCAGUGUCUCUGACAUGAACUAUGGCCCGACAAUGUACUGGAACAAACACACAUCUCAGGACCACCAGCUUUUUGCUCUAGACUUCAGUGGCACUGUCACAGCUGUAGGGAAAGAGGUGAGCAAACUGAAAGUGGGGGAGCAUGUAGUUUCAUGUUAUCCGACUGCUGCAUCUUCUAAGAUUGUGAUUCCUGAAGCAGCGUGCUACAAGACAAAGAGGCUCACUUUUCUGAAGGAGGCACCCUGUGUGUCCUACUUUGUACUUGCAUGGGAAGUCUUGCAUCGUGCAUUACCCAAAGUCAAACAACAGAGGUUGGGCAUCAUCUCAUCCGUUCCUGACUCAGGUUUGACAAAGGUCUUAGCCCAAACUGCAACAAAAUCAGGAUGGAAUAACAUUGUUCUGCCACAGUUUAGUGAUCAGCUUCAAAAUGUGAACAAGCUUGAUGCAUUUGUCCUUUUACCUCCAUUUGACAAAUCUCAGUUUGAAAAAGCAUGCAAUGUUUCCGGUGUGAGACACAUUGUUGCUGUAUGUGAAAAUGAGUGGCAAUCCUCCAUCUCACAAAAUGGCUUCAGAUGUGGCAAUGACAAUGUUCGCAUUCAGACUGUUCAAAUGUCUAGUACAUUGGAAAAGGGAUCUAUCAGAGCAGAGAAGUCUCACAUUUACCAUUGGCUCAAAUCAAUGCAUUUGGACAAGAAGUCUUUAGAUUUCGAAACCACCAUCUUUCAGAGAGUGUCAUCCGGUAGCAUUGACUUCCUGCCUGUUGAAGAGUCUGAAUCAUACUUCAGCUCAAAAACCCUGCCUUUUGUGGCACUGAGUAAAGAUGAUUCCAAAGGCACACUGUCCAACAUUAAGUUGUUGCCUAAACCAAACCAGCUUUUCCAGAAAAACUCUGUGUACAUUGUCACAGGUGGUCUAACUGGACUAGGGUUUGAAACAGUGAAGUUUAUUGCACAGCGAGGAGGAGGGUAUAUUGUCAUUCUUUCCAGAAGCAGUCCCUCGACCGACUUACAGCAGGAGAUAAGUAACAUUGAGAGUCAGUCUGGCGCCACAGUUGUCAGCUUGCAGUGUGAUGUUUCAAUCUCUGCACAAGUAGUAAAUACCGUUAUUGCGAUUAAGGAACGUUUCCCCUCUUGUCCAAUCAGAGGGGUCUUCCACAGCGCCGUCGUCCUGCAUGAUGGCCUGAUUGAAAUUCUUGACAAAUCUCUCUAUGAGAAAGUCCUGAAGCCCAAAGUGAAUGGAGCUCUGAAUCUGCAUCACGCCACAAAACUCUGCAAGUUAGAUUACUUUGUGUGUUACUCCUCCAUCUCUGCCUUUAUUGGCAAUGCAGCACAAACAAACUAUUGUGCAGCCAACUCCUUCUUGGACACAUUCUGUCAGUACAGGCGAAACAUUGGACUUGCAGGACAGUCCAUAAGCUGGGGAGCUUUGAACCUUGGUCUCUUGCUGGACAAAGACCAUUUCCAAAGAUUUCUGGCGGCAAAGGGGAUGAUGGUCAUGGGGGUAGCAGAAAUCCAUGAGAGCCUAGAACAAUGCCUUCUGCUGAACAGACCACAACAGGUUGUCUGCAAGUUCAGUUUCAAAAACCUGAUGCGUCAUGUUCUUGCUCAUAAUGCCUCCCUAAACAUACGUUUAGGCGCACUGGUGGAUGAGGGGAUAACAAAAGAAAAGGGGGAAGUUGCAGGAUAUGACCAAACUACCGUGUCCAUGUCACCAAGUGACUACGUCAAGUCGGUGCUCAGGGAAACGCUUGGUGUUGAGAAUGAUGAGCUGAAUGACGAUUCUUCUCUCACCGCAUUAGGCAUAGACUCAAUGCUAGCCAUGACUUUGCAGAAUCUUCUCUUUCAAGACAGGGGUGUGAAUGUUCCCCUGGUUAAAUUACUGGACCCCAACAGCACACUGUCUACUUUGGUAGCAAUGCUAAAAGAGGGUGCAAACCAGGAAUCUGAGCUUGGUGAUGACCUUGCCUUGGAUCUGAUGGAAAAGAAUGAGGAAGAAAGUUACAUGUCUACUGUACUUUAGAGAUCAAUCAAAUUUGAUUAUUCAAUCAAAUGUGAAUUAUUUAAAGCCCCCAUGCAGUCUUUAUGAUUACAUUUUUUGAAUCACUGUAUGUCUAAUAUAUCACUGUGUGUGUUUGUUUCAUGACAAUAACUCCAAACAUAUCUUUUUUUAAUCAUUGAUUUCCCUGAGCCUCCUUUUGCCAUUGAAAUGCUCAGUCAGAUAGUGUAGGCGUCUUGAUUUGGUCUUGAUGUUUAGCCAUACAGAAGGUUAACCUUAGAAAUGUUCAUAUUAUUUGAAUGAUUAAAUAUCAAUACUGCAUACAUUGUUACUUGAAUAAAAAUAAUUUAUGGAAAACUAGUGCAAUAUAAUAUGGGAUAUUUACAAGAGAAGACAAGUGUUCAAAAUUCCUAUAUCAGGCUGAAUUAUUUUCACUAUUUUUCUUUCAUGGUAAAACGUUGGCAAUCUUUCAAAUAUAUAUUUUAAAUUUUGACAAAAUACAUAUGUAUUAUCCUGACAUUAUCAACUUUUGUUAUGUUUUAAUUAUAGUUUAAUCUGCCAUUUUUAUUUCAACCUUUCUGAGUAUCAUAGUCAAUGUUAGAUAAUCUUAGAAGUAGUGUAUAAUGCUUCGUUCAUCUCAUGCUAUUCUUGUUCAUUCUGGUUGUGUUCAAUAAUCUAUGUAGUGUGCAGCAGGUGGAGUAGCAAUGAAAUAUCAGUCAAAUAUGACAACUAAAGAUUGGAAUGUUAAAAAUGGAGCAGAGGUUUAGUGAUCUGGAAAAG